AUGUCCCAAGUAGCCUUCAAGGCCGAGCAAGCCCUCGGCCACGGCGACAACGCUACUACCGCCCAAGACGUCGCCAAUCCCGCCUUCAGCAAAGAGUAUACCGACCCGUCUGAGAAGAUGAAAGCGCUAGCGUGGAUGGGCAAGAAUAAGGUUGAGGUUAUUGAGGUGCCAAAGCCCAAGAUUAUAGAACCGCGCGAUGUCAUUGUCAAGGUGACUGGCUCCACUGUUUGUGGGUCAGAUCUACACUUGCUUCAUAGUGUAGUGGUGGAACUCCAAAAAGGGGACAUCCUUGGACAUGAAUUCUGCGGUGUUGUAGACGAGGUAGGAUCUGAGAUUACCCAGGUGAAGAAAGGACAACGCGUCGUGGCCUCUUUCCAAAUCGCUUGCGGCACUUGCUACUACUGCAAACAAAAGCUCUCCUCACAAUGCGAAAAGACAAACUCCAAUACCAUUGAGAACAGUAUGUACGGCGGCCGAACGGCAGGCAUGUUCGGAUAUAGUCACUUCACGGGAGGCUUUGCCGGCGGACAGGCUGAGUACACUCGCGUUCCGUACGGUGACGUCAACCUCCUUCUAUUACCGGACGAUGUCCCUGAUGAGAAGGGGUUGUUCUUGAGUGACGUAUUGGCAACGAGCUGGCACGCCGUUGUUGACACCGGCGUCAAGAAAGGCGAUGUGGUAGCCAUCUGGGGUGCUGGUCCCAUUGGGCAAAUGACUGCCGACUUUUCACUGCUCAAUGGCGCAUCACGCGUCAUCAUGAUCGAUGCAAACUGGAGGCUCGACUAUGUCAAAGAAAAGUACCCGCAUAUCCAGACGAUCGAUUACUCAAAGCUCGGGAAAAGCGAGUCCGUGACGAGUAAAUUGAAAGAGAUGUGCGACGGUCGAGGUCCAGAUAUUAGUAUCGAGUGUGCGGCAGGCGAAUAUGCGAAAGGCUGGGCGCAUUAUUUUGAGAUGAUGUUGGGGUUGGAGACUGACACGAGCGAACUGGUGAACGAGAUGAUUACAAGUACGAGGAAUAUGGGGUCGUGUGGGAUUACCGGUGUCUAUGUGGGAUAUACCAACCACUUCAACAUCGGGUCCCUCAUGGAACGAGGUAUCAGGCUCAUAGGCAACGGUCAGGCACCCGUGCACAAGUACUGGGAAGCCCUCCUCAAAAUGAUCCAAAAUGGUGAGAUUGAGCCACUGAAGAUGGUUUCUCAUCGCGUACGGCUCGAGGAAAUCGACAAGGUGUACUACAAAUUUGAGAACAAGGAGGAUGGCAUGCAGAAAGUGUUUGUCGAGACAAAGUUUUCGCAGCCUGCGUGUCAAGGUAGUCCGAGUCUGACCGUGUACGAUAAGCAUGGUCUACACAACGUGACGCCGGCUAGGACGAUGAGUAUAGGAGCAUAG